CCUCGUGGAAGGGUGCACAAGCCGAUGAGAUAGCAGGAAAUUGAAUAGUGCUUUCGCCUGAUAGUGAGCCGAAGUAGCACUGUCACCAUGCGCGAACCGUCUAGUCUGUUUGCUCGAACAAGCGCCGACGGAACCGCGUCACUCUUUUUUUCUUUAUUUUAGAUCACGUGACCCACUUGUGUUCUUUUGUACAGUCGUUGUACAUGGAAUGGAUGGAAUUUCGUUCAUAUUUCUAACGUGAAUCGUAAUUUCGUUCCUAUUCGUUUUGUGUUUACUCGAAUCGCUAUUGGUCUUUAUAAAGGAGAUUUAUUCUUCGAGGAAAUUAGUUUACACUCUUGUUAGCUGGAUUAUCUUUUGCCGUAUUUUAAUUUAGUUUCAUGUAUCGUUUACGACGGCUGUUACAACCUUUUCAUACGGAAACUGGAUAUUGAAAUUUAAAAUAAUCAGACAACUAAGAUUUUGACAUUUUUCAAAUCACGUUACACGUACCAUGGAAUCUAGUUCACAUUUUUAAAGCGAGAUUUUACGCUUUUCAACGGCACGAGUGAAAAUGGGACGCGUUAUAAUUGCGUCAGGUAAUUAACCGAUCGCAAAGAGGCGCGCGUCCAAUGGACGCGAACGUGUGCGCUUAAAAUGUCUGGAACGGAGGCACAUGGCGGUGAUACGAGUCCCACGCGUCAGCCAAGACAGAGUAGAAUUCACAGCGUCGGGUUACCGGCACGAACGUCCCUGCUUCCGGAACCCCCGCCCGCCGGAAGUGGUGCUCCACCGCCGAUACCACGCCGCCAUUCCGCAACACCUACGGUUGCUCCGCCACCGAUACCAUUGCGGCCGCCAGCGAUCCCAAAACGGAGCAAAAACGAGAAACCGAUCCCGAUACAACUGCCGACGAGACAGGAGGGUCAGAAGAAUCGACGGAAAGCCAGCGAUCCAGCUCCACCUUCUUCGUCGAUUUUAUCCUCUUCUUGGACUCAUGAUAUCAACAACGAGAAGUUAAUCGAUCUGGGUCCGUUGCAGGCUCAGGAUCAAUCGGGAAACCAAGAAUAUACGAUGAAUUUUAGCAGCAAGGAGGCGCAAAAUAAUAAUGAGGAGAACGAUUUUGUGGCGGACUUCGACAAGGCGAAUUUUGAGGAGGAUUGCAAACUGAAUGAGAAAUCCAGUUUCGAAGAGUUACAGAAGGCGUCGAAAGAUUUAGAGAAGAGGUUGCACGAGAGAAUCGUGAAGAGCGCCGAGUCGAAGUUCAAGGAUCAGGCUAGAGAAGAAAGACAGAGACACGGGGCAAAUGUGCAGAAUAACAGGCUUCAGUCGUCGAAGACGGGGAAGGAAGGCUGCAAGGAAACUGCAGACAGAAAGUCUCGGGAGAAAAUUGCUAUGUCCCGGAGGGAGGCCCUGCAGGACGACGAGACGAAGUUUGCAGCCCUGGUGAGGUUGCAUCGCGAAGCAGAGAAGAGAUGCAAGUUCGAAGAGCUUCAGGCCGCCUCCAGAAAGCUUGAGAGACGGCUAUACGAGGAGGACGAUCACCUCAGAGCGAACAAGGAGAGAUCUAUCGGCAGGUACGAGGAGCAGAAAUCCGUGGAAACGGGACCGCGCGGGAAACACGAGCCGGAGAUGGAUAGGGUCAGGAAUAUUUUGCAGCACAAUCUGAGGAAGGAAAGGAACUGCGAAAAAUUGGAAAAGCUACCGAAGGCGACACAGACGAACCUUCCGCCACCCUUGAGCGCGAUCUCACAGAGCUCCGUACCAAAGCCUAUCAGCGUUCGACAGGACAGCAAUGUUUCUUCGGAUAGCUUCAGUCAGACUAGCUCACCUAGUUAUACCAGCAAGACCAUGGAGGCUCCUCUUUUACCCCAUAAAUACGGAAAAGUACCAGAUAGGGCACUGGUGUCGGAGCCGGACAGUUCGUCCGGUCGAACGAUCACCAAAUCGACCAGCACACCAGCGAGCCUGCAGGCGAUCGUCAGAGUUCACGGUGGUAACAACGGCUCCUUGCAUCACAAGAUAAUCAGUGACAUGACUAGCAGACAUUAUGUGACUAACGGCAGCCUGCGCUUCAGAUUCGUGCAGGUAUUCUUCAAUGCUGUCGCGUUGUUGAUCAUCGCCGGAGGUCUGACCAUUUACUUCAAGUCGUAUCCAGAGACGCUUAUACGAGUAGAGAACAAAACGAUCUACACGAACAUGGUCACGUUCACGGAACGAGUUCCAGCGGUGACCGAGGAAAGGAAUCCGGCACCAGGAGUGUGUCUGCCCGUAAUCGUGACCUUCUGCAGGUACCAUAAGAUCCCGUAUAAUUUCACCAUCUUCCCGAAUUACAUGGGCAAUUUCGGGCAACGCGACGCCCAGCACGAGCUAGAGCUUUAUGGUGCCGUGAUCGACGUCAAAUGCUACGAAUUGGCCGCCCUCUUUCUAUGCAGCGUUUUUGUGCCGAAAUGCGGAUCUCGGGGCCACGUGGUGCGACCCUGCCGUAGCCUCUGCUUUCAUACCAAGAGACGGUGUGGGUUUUUCCUGGAAGUGUUCGGCCUGACUUUGCCGGAGUAUCUGGAAUGCGAUCUGUUCCCUGAGAAUUCCAAUCCGGACGAGUGCGUGGGGCAUCAAGAAGUGCUGGAGGCAGCUCGAAGAGCUGAAAGACCUGUAUGCACCAGUGGGUUCCAAUGCGAUGGGACCAGAUGCAUUCCGGUUGACUGGCGAUGCGACGGCUACUUGGAUUGUGCGGAUCACAGCGACGAGACUGAAUGCGGCGAGUGUGCAGCCUCCUCUUCCUCUUCGUCUUCCUCCGUCAACAGCACAAAGAUCAUGAAGAAACCCAUCCUGGCGAUGAACACCAUAUCCAAGUCUGCUUUGCAUUGCGGGGAAAGAAGGUGCAUGUCGGCUAACCAUAUCUGCAACGGAGAGAUGGAUUGUCCUUGGGGUCAGGAUGAGCGAUAUUGCUUGAGACUGAGUCAAAGAAACGGUGACGUGGGUGAAGGAAGGCUGGAGGUGUACCACGCAGAAAUGGGCAAGUUCAUGCCAGCCUGUAUCCCUUACUGGGAUUCGAAUUCCGCUAAAACCAUCUGCUCCAUGCUCGGAUACACGGCGCCACUUUCAUCCAGGUUGAUGGCGCAAGGUAUGAAUCUUACUCAAAGAGAAUCUAAGGCACACCGGACGAACCUUCUAAAAGAAUUUCAAGAAUGUAUCACGGAUCAAGAAGCCUAUCCAACUGCUGAGUUAACUUGUUCAGAAUAUGCUUGUGGACGGAGAAACACGGUUUAUGGGCACGUGAAAGCGAAAACGAGAAUCGUAGGUGGUGUAGAAUCAGCUCCUGGCGAUUGGCCGUUUCUAGCAGCUCUUCUUGGAGGUCCUGAACAGAUCUUCUACUGCGCUGGGGUUCUAAUUGCAGAUCAGUGGGUUCUCACUGCGUCUCAUUGCGUGGGAAAUUACACUGAUAUAACUGGGUGGACGAUACAACUGGGAAUUACUAGAAGACAUUCGCAUACUUACCUUGGUCAGAAGCUGAAAGUGAAAAGAGUCGUUCCUCAUCCAGACUACAAUGUAGGUGUCGCUCAGGACAACGACGUGGCUCUUUUUCAGUUGGAAAAACGAGUCCAGUUUCACGAACAUCUAAGACCAGUCUGUCUGCCAACAGCUGAUACCCAUCUAAUACCUGGGACACUGUGCACUGUGAUUGGCUGGGGAAAGAAAAAUGAUACUGACUCUUCUGAAUACGAGCUAGCUGUGAACGAAGUUCAAGUUCCAGUCUUAAACAGAGAAGUGUGUAAUCUGUGGAUUACGUACAAGGAAUUGAACGUCACCGAUGGAAUGAUAUGUGCUGGAUAUCCGGAUGGAGGGAAAGACGCGUGCCAGGGCGAUUCCGGAGGUCCUCUGCUGUGCCAAGACGAGCACGACAAAGAGAAAUGGUUCGUAGGUGGAAUAGUUAGUUGGGGUAUAAUGUGUGCUCACCCGAAACUACCAGGGGUGUACGCUUAUGUGCCAAAGUACGUGCCCUGGAUUCGCAGUGAGAUGGCCAAGUACUCUGACAUAGGUAUGGGCUAAUUAAAGAAUAAAGAUCGCGACGACG